AUGGAUGGAUAUCUUCUUCUGAAAGCCAUUGGAUUUAUUCUACUGGCAGUAUUUGGCAUACCGGGAAAUGUCUAUAUUUUAUUAAAAUUUGGCUUUAUACGGAUUAUAGAAAAGAGACUCCUGGCAAAUAACAUCAUCCUUACAGUUUUGGCUUUAGUAAAUGUCCUUGUUGUCCUUUCCCGUGUAAUCCCCCAGGCCAUGCAAGCCAUGGGAGUGGAAAAUGUUCUAGAUGACACCAAAUGCAAAUUUGUUAUAUUUACGUACAGAAUGAGCAGAGCAAUGCAAAUCUGCAUUACCAGUUUGCUUAGCUGCCAUCAGUGCAUUCUCAUUGCCCCAACCACCAAUUUAUGGAUGUUUCUUAAGCAAAAAGUGACCAAGAAUGUCUCAUUCAUCAUUUUAGUCAUUCUUUUAAUAAAUAUUGUGGUACAGCCAGCUGGCAUCUUGUAUUCAUACGCUAAGAAAAAUACUACAAGGUCACCUUACACGCUACAUUUGGUCUACUGUGAUACAGAUUUUAUUACCUAUGUUUCCUACAUUGUCAAUGGAUCAUUUUAUGCAUGCAAAGAUUUCAUUUUUGUUGGCUUGAUGGCUGUUGCAAGCAUUUACAUUGUGUACAUGUUACUGCAACAUGCCCGGUCAGUUCAAUUUAUUUCUGUCAGUUCCCAAAGAAAAUCAGCAGAGCAGAAGGCUUCUAAAGCUGUAAUCUUGUUGGUAGUUUGUUACGUUCUACUAUUUGGGUUGGAUAAUUCAAUGUGGAUCUAUACUCUAACUUUAUCAAAUGUUACAGCUGAUAUGAACGAUGCCAGGAUAGUUCUUUCUUGCUCUUAUGCUACACUGAGCCCCAUAGUAAUCAUUGCUACCAACCCCAGACUGCAUAUGUCAGCAACAUUUUUCAAACAGAGGAAGUCAUUAAUCAGUACUGUACAGGGUAAUUCAGAAAGCAGCACCAUGUCAAAUGUGUCCCCAAUGGGCUGUGAUGGAGACAGGGUAAUCUCUUAG